AAGCCGCUGACCUCCACCCAGUUACCCGCAGGCAGGGGAGUGACGAUGGAUCUGAUGCAGCGGCAGGUAAACGAGUCCUGGAGGGCGACAGUCGAGCAACGGGAGCAGAGGAGAGGGCUGCCCGGGAGAGGCACUGGACCCCGUCCCUUUGCCGGGGAGGGUCCACAGGACUAUGAGGAUGAGAUGCCUCAGCAGGGGACAUCAGUUUUCCCCACGGGCCUGUCAGGAAGGAGCCAAAUGCCUGGGAAGGGAGAAUUUCGGGUGAAGUUCAACGGGGACCCCAAACAGCUGUCUUAUUUCAUUACAAACGUAACACACUUCAUGGAGGAUUUUGGGGACCAAUUCCCUUCAGAAAGCGCAAAAAUCCACACGGUGGGGGCAAACUUGAAAGAAGCAGCUGCAGACUGGCUAAUGCAGAUGUAUGAUACGGGUGCCCGGGAGCUGGCCUGCCUGGAGGAUUUCCUAAGAGCCCUCCGUGAGAGAUUCGAAGACCCUUUGGCAGAGGAGAGGGCGAAGGCCCAACUCAAAAGGAUAUACCAGGGAGGAAGGACAGUGUCAGAAUACGCCCUGGAAUUUAAAGCCACAGCGGGGAAGAUCAGGGACUGGUCCGACACCACCAAACUGGAAUAUUUCAGGGCUGGUUUACGCUCUGAGGUGCUCGAGUGGGCUUUACACAGAGGAAAUCCAAGAGACUUGGAGGACUGGAUUUUGCUAGCGGGGCGCGUGGAGGUGGACCAACAGCAAAUCUCUCGUCGUCCAAGGGAGAGCAACAGAAUCAAACCCCCGACAGCAGCAACACGGCGCUUCUCCCCUCGUCGCGGAAGGUCGACCAGCAGGGAGAGGAGAGCAGGGAGGGGGGCCUGCUUCGCUUGCGGGCGCGAGGGACAUCGAGCGGCAGAGUGUCCGAAAGGGACAGGCGUGGAGACAAAAGGAGAGAGGCUUCACAGCCAGAAGCCGCCCCACCAGAACUCCAAACUAGCAAAAGGGAAAGCUGCCAUGGCAACGGAAACGGCUUUAGCCCCAGGGCAGCUUCAGGCAGAAGAGAUGGAGGAAGCGGAGGACCUGGAGUUACCGGGAAACGACUGGGAUCUGUUUUGAACGCCCGGAAACAGAUCGAACCACCAGAGGGCGAAGGGGGUGAGUUGAGAAGAGUAAAUUGUGACAUUGUGAGAGUCAGAGUGAGGCUGUUGAACCCAGAGACAGGGAUUCAGGUAGAGGCAGAUGCUAUGUUGGACUGUGGGUGCACGAGAUGCCUAAUUACUCCCGAACUAGCAAACAGGUUGGGGGUGGAGCCAAACCCACUAAAGACACCAGUAGUCUUCGCACAAUUGGAUGGAACCCCGGCAUACGGAGUCCCAGUAACAGAAAAAACAGGGUUUUUAAGAAUGACUAUGGGUUCUCAUGCUGAGACAUUGCAAUUUGUGAUUUUGUGAUGACUCAUGGGCCUUGUAGUCCUGCUUAUGACACUGUAAUGCCUGAUGAUGAAGAAAACUUGGGUUUUUUACCUUCCCAGUCUGAACUGGAAUCUUCCCAGCCAGAUCUUUCCCAGGCAGAUCUGGGAACCUUGCACCUGCAAGAGAGUUGUGACCCAGAAGUAUGUCAAACAAAUCCGGAGCCCACUUCCCCUGUGUUCUCCCGCCAUGAGUUUUGUAAACAACAGAGAGGUUUGGAAGCUGCUUCGCGCAGGAGUGCGAGGAUAGCAGCCAAGAAUUCAGCCAAUUAAGUCUGCUUUUUCGUGAGAAUCCUUAAGGAGUCAAACAUCUGGUCUCAAAGAUUAGCUUUCGUUUCUGGUUCCCAGAGAACUGCUUCGGCGGGAAAGUUAGACUCUAUAUAGGUGAUUUACCCGCGAAGUAACUUCGCGGAGUCAAUUCGUCAACCUCCGGAGCGAGUUGUGUCUGGACAGCGCGCUCCGUUUCAAGCCUCGCUCCUGCUCAAGCCUUGCCCUGCUUUCCAGCCUUCGCUCCUGUUUCUGCCUUUGUUUACCUACGGACCUUGCUUGUUUCCCAGGACUAAACAUUGCCUUGUAUCACGGAUUUUACCAAGUUUUUCCACGGACCUUGUUCUUGUUCCUUGUUACCUUGUUCCACGUUUUAAGCCUUGUUUCAAGUAUCAAGUUAUUUCCUAGCCUUGCUCAAGUUUAUGGACUAAAGGACCUUGUCAUCUCCCCUCACUUUGCCUGGCAAAGUGAGUGUUUCGGUUAUUGGAUUACAACUUUGAACCUUAAUAUUUCAUAUUGGACAUCGCUUUUUUGGACUAAUUUAGACCUUUCCUGAAAGGUCUGCUUUUGGACUAUUUCAUAUACUUGCUUUUAUUAACUCUAUAUAUUCCUUCAAUAAAGAUAUUAGAUAGA